UGUGCGUCACACGCAGACCGUGUGUUGAUCAGGAAACUAAACGCUUUCAUUUUGCUCUGUCUCUAUUCUUUCUCGAUCUCGUGGAAACAACCACUUACAGAAACUUUUCAGUAUGGUUAAAGUUUCUUUUAACAAGGCUCUCGCCUUCAAGGAUCCAAAGAAGGAAAGUCUCAUUCUUGAUGUACAGGAUUCUGAGGCAGCGGUGUUGGUGCGUCCGCAGUCUAAGGUGUGGUGCUGGUGCUUCUGUCUGGGAUUGGCUCUCGUUCUCUCUGGUGUAGUGGUGGGAGGAGCCUUCCUGUAUAGAUACUAUAUGCUUGAGGUUCAGGGGAUCAUGGAUGGCAGAGCGGAUGAGAGGAAGGAUGCACACACCUCUUUGCAAAUGGUGAGUAUAAAGGAGGAUCAGGUGUUUGUCUGUGGGUUGAAGUACUUUGAGGAAGACUAUGAGUUUGAUGAGGAGGUGGAGGUGGAGUUUGAGGCGCCGCUGAUGCUGCUUGAAGAGAAUGUGAGCUUUUUCGAAGACGAUGAGGUGGAGCUCAUCAAAGUACCAGUCCCUGAGUUCAGAGACGGCGAUUCAGCUGGCAUCCUGCAUGACUUCACCAUGAAACUGACUGCGUAUCUCGACCUGAAUCUGGACAGAUGCUACAUCAUCACCCUGAACACCUCUAUCGUCAUGCCGCCCAGAGAUUUCCACGAGUUCCUGGUCAACAUCAAGGCAGGAAUGUAUCUUCCUCAGACGUACCUUAUGCGAGAGGAGAUGAUGGUUACAGAGAGGCUGGACAGCACCAGUGAUCUGGGCUAUUACAUCAAUGACCUGUGCAAGGACAAAGACACGUACAGACUCCAGCGCAGAGACAUCAUACUGGGUAUGCAGAAACGUGAAGCUCUGAACUGCCACAAGAUCCGCCAUUUUGAAAACAAGUUUGUUGUGGAGACUUUGAUCUGUGAGCCAUGAAGAACAUGAAUCUCUGACGAAGCAGCAGAUCUUCAACUCUUCCUUUAAUUCAGUGAAUACCUUUUCUACUGUAGGCCUUUUUUUCACAUAAAUGUUUUUUAAAUCUAAAAUGUGAAAUUGUCUUUUCUGCACAAGGUGUAUUACGUUUGAGUAUACAUGUAAUGUGUGUCUUAUGCUAUUUUAUGAAUAUUAGACUUAAUAAAAGGACAUAUUGCGCACAAGAGCAAAAAGUGAUGAACAAUAGUGAUUUUAGCCUAUGUAGAAGUCCAAUCAGAGUUUAAGACAGUAAGUAAUUUAAUCAUUAAUAAUUUAUUCCCAUGAGAUUGCUGAAAAUGUAUGAUUUUUUUCUGUAUCUUUAACAUUUGCAACAUCUACUGUACUUCAUUUUGAUAC